AUGGUUUGGUCAUAUAUAGCGUAUAGUUUUACUACUUUAAAAAGAAAAAAAGGUUAUGAUAAAGAAAGACAUUUAUGGACUAAUGAAGAAUUUUAUUUACAAUUAGACACAUUUUUUAUACCAACAAUUACGUUUCUUAUUCAAGUUAUCAUUAGACAAAUACCUUUCUCAUCAUUGAUAAAAGAAUAUUGGAGAUUUCUUCGUUUGCAAUCUGCGAGAAAAACAUUUGAAAAUAUUAAUAUUGAAAAAGUUGAAAAAAUAUUAGAAGAAAUUAAAGCAAAAGAGGAAAUUAAAGUUGAGGAGAUAAAAAGUGAAACUCUAACUAUUGUAAAAUCAUUUGCUACAAUUAAAAAUGAAGGAAAUGAUUUACUUGGAAAUGAUCAGAAAGGACCUAAAGUUAAAGAGGGUUUAAAAGAGUGUAUUGAACCUACUUCAGUAGAGCUUCAAUCAACCAAUUUAGAAAUGGACACAUCAAUAACAUUGAAAAUUUUUAAUAAAUGUAGAAAUUUUUUAACUAAUUUUAUUUCUUAA